AAGGCGGACACGCAACAACAUGCCUUCAUACAGUUUUUUCCUGUAAACUGUGGCAAACAAGUUGUGCCUGGAUCUGCUGAGAGGCAGGCAAACAGACAUAACGACGGGGCUGGAGUGCAACAAAAGAGAUUCCCUGGAAAACAUUUCUAUGUUCUGCAGAACAUCAGCUGAAGUGUUUUCCCAGUGAACAGCACAAGUCAUGUACCAAGUUGUACCAGGAGGAGCGGGAGGCACAAUUACAGAUGUUAUCCCCAAGCAGAAACACAACAAGGACACUCGACCCUUAGUCGGAGCUGGAGUAAUCGGCCUUGUGCUGUGGAUUGCAGCAGUGACUGCAUGGUGUUAUUACAUAGCCUCUCUACGCAAAGCUGAGCUGCUUAAGACUCAGCUGCUGGAUCUGAAUAAAGAUGGCUACAUUAUCCGCAACCAGGGAGGGUCUAUUGUUUUCAGAAUGGAUUUCAGGUCAGGGACAUUGGAUUUGGAUUCUUGCUCUAAAGAAGGGGAAAUGCUGAGCUGUGGACACACCACUGACAGAAAACUGAAUUUCUUCAUUGAGACAGUGCGACCCAAAGACACAGUACAAUGCUACCGUGUGCGAUGGGAGGAAUUGGUUCCUGACAUACCUGUUGAGCAUGCCAUGACAUACAAGUUCGCACACUGGUAUGGUGGGGCAGUGUCAGCAAUUCAGCACUGGCCUAUUUCCAUCUCUGGCCAACAGGCUCCCAAACCUUUUGUUACAAGUGAUAUUUACUCAAACCGCAAUGAAUUUGGUGGAAUUUUGGAGAGUUAUUGGCUCUCAUCCAAUGCUACGGCCAUCAAGAUCAAUAAUUCUGUGCCCUUCCACCUGGGCUGGAACGACACAGAGAAGACUAUGUCUUUCCAGGCGCGAUACAAUGACAGUCCGUUCAAGCCAAACCCAGGGGAGGCUCCAUGUGCUGAACUUAGCUACAGAGUAUGUGUGGGCUUGGAUGUGACAUCCAUACACAAGUACAUGGUCCGCAGAUACUUCAACAAACCAAACAAAGUGCCAGCCAAAGCCAUGUUUCAACAUCCUAUUUGGUCCACUUGGGCAUUGCAUAAGACUGACAUUGAUCAAGAGAAACUUUUGACAUAUGCUGCCAACAUACGCAAGUAUAACUUUAACUGCAGCCACCUGGAAUUAGAUGACCGCUACUCCAGCCGCUACGGGGAAUUUGAGUUUGACACAACAAAGUUCCCCAAUGCCUCAGCUAUGUUCCAAAAGCUGAAAUCAGAUGGAUUUCUCAUGUCACUCUGGAUUCACCCUUUCGUUAACUAUGACUCUGAAAACUUCCAUACCUGUGUAGAGAGGGGGCUGUUUGUCCGAGAGCCAACAGGCCGGCUGCCGGCCUUGGUGCGCUGGUGGAAUGGUAUUGGUGGCAUUUUGGACUUCACAAAUCCAGAAGCUCGUGAUUGGUUUUCCUCACAGCUGCGUUCCCUGCGCUCAAAGUAUGGAGUGUCAUCUUUUAAAUUUGAUGCAGGUGAGACCAACUACUUACCAUGGAAAUUCAGUACCAGAACUCCCAUUCGGGACCCAAGUUUUUUCACAAGACGUUAUACUGAGAUGGCCAUUCCCUAUAAUGAUAGAGCUGAGCUGCGUAGUGGCUACCAGUCUCAGAACAUAUCCUGCUUCUUCAGACCUAUCGACAGGGACUCAGUGUGGGGCUAUGAGUUGGGGCUCAAAUCUCUUAUUCCCACAGUGCUCACCAUGGGCAUUCUUGGCUAUCAGUUUAUUCUACCUGACAUGAUCGGGGGGAAUGCCUAUCUGAACCGCACUGAUGGAAAUCAUGCAUUGCCUGAUCGAGAACUCUAUAUCCGCUGGCUGGAGCUGUCAGCCUUCAUGCCCUCUAUGCAAUUUUCUGUUCCACCAUGGGAGUAUGACAACGAGGUGGUUGAAAUUGCACGUAAAUACACAGCUCUCCAUCAGAGCAUUGUGGCACCACGGGUCCUGGAGCUGGCUGGUGAGGUGCUGGACACCGGGGACCCAAUCAUACGGCCUCUGUGGUGGAUUGCCACAGGUGAUGAGACAGCCUAUAAAAUAGACUCCCAGUUCCUGAUUGGGGAUGACCUCAUGGUAGCACCCGUUUUAGAGCCUGGAAAGCAAGAGCGUGAUAUCUACCUUCCAGCUGGCAGUUGGAGAAGCUACAAGGGAGAGAGAUUUGAUAUCAAGGAGCCACUGCACCUCACAGACUAUCCUGUAGACCUGGAUGAAAUUGCUUACUUUGUUUGGGUGUAACAAAAAGGGAUUGUAAAGCUGAACGGGCUGGGUUAGCCGAUGCCCCAAUCUGCUUGUGAGACAAGCUUCACAAAUUUAGCUUUUAUGCUUGACAGAAGAGGCAUUUGAAAAAGGCUGUUUUUUACGGAGCUUUUUUGCAACAAAAUAUGGAGACUUUUAAAGCAGGUUUAAAUUGAACACUGCAUUGCAUCACACAUAUGAAAUUGUGUCUUAAAAAUGCUCAAAACCUCAUCUUAAUUUUUCAUUUCAUUUAAACUAAUUGGUGCUGUGUUUUCUUUGCAUCUUUUGUGAUUUUAAUGUAAAGCUAUGUUAAUAUCAUGUAUGAAAGCUGAACAAGCCAUGUAUGAAUUUUCUGAUGAAAAGGGAAUAGGUAAACUGUGAAUUGAAUAAGGCAUAAUCGCUAUAAAGUAUAUAUGAAAUGUUUAUAAAAAUGUCCAUAUAAGAAGUGUCAGAGCACUUUGAAGAUAAAUUUAAGCCAAACAGAUUGUAAUAUGGGUGAUAGAAGUGGUGUCAUCAGGCAGACAAUAGGCUUCAUAAAACCCUCUCUAUAUACCAUAUGUAUAUAUCAAUCAAUUCUCAAUUUAACUGAGCUAUCCUCCUUUUCCUUUGACACUGAUGUCUCCUCUUCUGUGCUCCGAGUUGCUUUUCAGGAAGUUCUGGUCUUAUGCUUCACUUAUCAGGAUGACUGCUUGAAGUUUAAUCAUUACAUACUGCAUGUGCUCUCAUUUGUGAAACACAGUGUCAUGUAACUACUCUUAGCGUAGAAGAAGAUGGAUUUUAUCUGGCACUAAAUAUUUUAUGCUCUCCCUCAGGUAACAACUUUCUCAGGCUGUAGUGUAUUCGAAGUGUCUCACAACUAUUUUCAUUGUGCUUUGCUGACUCCAAAUGCAGCUAAAUAACUAAUAAUGUCUAAUGACCACAUCCAAAAUAAGGAGCAUCUCUUUAGAAGGAUUUUUAAAAUGUUUGGAUUUGUGUUUCUUUAUAUCUGCUUAAAAUGUAAUAUGGAAGUCCAUACAUUUGGUUAAUAUAGCAACAUUUAAUUAUCAAAUUAAAUUGUACAGUGUAUUUUGUCAUAUUGUGCUUUGUUAAUGUGAAUGUUUUGUAACUGCAGUGAUAUCUCGUGCCAUGUGUUAUCUGCAACCAUUUUGUAUGCGAUUUGUUUUUAUGCUAAACAUUUCUUAUUGUUGUUGAUUAUUAUUUAAUAUAAGUGGUGAGUUAACCCUUUUUGGACAGAGUGUACUACAAAUGCCUCAGAAGUUUAUCUUCUAUAACAUCUUUAACUGUAAUAUUUUUUUUAAAUGUUCCAUUGCUGCACAAUAUCUGAAAAACAUCUUCUCCAUAGUUGUAGAUCAAAGUACACCAGUUAAGUCAUGUCUCUUGUUAUCUUGAGACGAAACUGAUAUUGAUCUUUUCAUCAAACUCCAGGAAAGGCAGCAAGCAUAUUUCUUUGAGUGACAUCUCACAAAGUAAAUUCAGAAAGAAUAUUAUACAGUUAUACUUGGGUUACGAAUCUAAAAAUUAUACCAUUAUAUCAUGUUUUUUUUCUUUAUUUUUGUUGUGAAAUUGGUGAGUUUUAUUGUCAUGCAGUGAAGCCAAUAAGCUCAUAUUUUACUUAAAAUAUUUGACACAAAAUAGGAUUCUGAAUCCUUUUAAUUCUAUCAUCAAAAUGAAUAAAAAGAUGCAUGUGAUUACAUGUAGUUAUGUUAAGUUUUAAUUUCCUGUGGUUCCUGUGUUAACAUUUUUUAAAUUUGUUGAUAUGGAUUCUGAUUGCUUUUUUGAAGCUGCAAUGGAUAAAUAUUGCAUGUGUGAUUUAUAGAUCAGGCAAUGUCCACUAAUGGUGCAAUGUGCCAAUUUGUCAGUUUGUUUUAGUGUUUUCUCACCUAUUGCGGAGUUGUAUGGCGACUGUGUGCUUUGACAUGUGGCCUACAUGUUGACCUCAGUGGAUCUGGUUUGUGCCUAUUAGUUUCAUCAUAUCAACUUUACCUAUUUAUAGCAGUUCUCACUCAGCAUCUAAGGCUAUUCCUGUCUUAGAGGGUCUUGCUUUAUGACAAGACUGCAAAGCUGUAUCUUGGACUGAAUAUUUUUUUGCUUUUGGCUCUUUUGACCCUGUGUGUGUGUUGCUUCCCUCGUGUUAUUAUAACGAAUGGCAAAAUUUGCAUGUGACUAAAGGGCAGCAUUCAUUUCAGCAAGCGUGCGUAUUUUGUAUGAAUGUAUUAAAAGAAAUCUGGUUUGA